UGUGCUUGUGUGGUAAAAUUAAAUCGCACAGAUAGGCUCUAGUUGGCGCGCGUUUCCAAUAAAGAAUGUAAAUAUGUCGCUCCCGUUGUUGGACGAGGAGGAACUCGAGGCAUUAGUAUACGAACGCUCAAAAAUCUGGUCGAGUCUUCUGAAGUGCUUCGAGGAGCAAGACGAUGAGGAAAUAAUAGAGAUGCACAAUAUUGAAAAACUAUUCGAAAGCGAUGUUGAAGAUAACGACGAGAGCGUGGCCGGCACCGAUGAGGCCGAGGAGGACGAUGUGGAGGACGACAUAGCAAAUACAACAGUAACCAAAACGCGAACCGAGCUUGCGCUAAUGCUUUAUAGUGGCGAGAACAAGCAGGAGACACAGGAGUUGCAGGUAAUACUCAAUCAGACGCUGCCCGUUUUUGAGGAGCACAAGCGCAAGUGGCGGGACGCAGGCCUAGAUCGCAUUCUGGACACAUUCGAUGAACAGAAAAUUGAGGUGCAUGUGGGCGAUUGGCUGCGUCGCAACAACAGCGUUUACGGUGGCAAACUAACACCCGAGAAAUCGGCCACAAAGCGCUCAACUUCCUCGGAUGAGACGGACAGCGGCAGCAUCAGCAGCGCUGAAUACGAAACCGUGGACACGGCGCGCUAUGUGCGCAAACGCAUUUCAAAGCCCAGGCUGCCCAUACCGAUGAAAAUUGACCGCACCCACAUGCGCAAGCGACAAGAACUGCGCGCCGAAUUCAGCGCCACUGACUAUGAUGAGGUGCGCCGAUAUCGAAAGCAUGAGAGAGACACACCACUGCGCAUACCCAAACCAACUUACCGCCAAAGCCAGCAACAUCGCAGCCGUUGCAGCCACCAGCACUAUAAGCAUUAUUCUCGCAAGCCACGGGCUAGUGCCCUGUGCUCAGACUCCUCAUCCAGCGAUAUGGAGGUGGACUACUGCGGACCCCAUUGCGAGUGUACCGCCUCCAAACGCCACGAUAGGGUGAAGACUAUGUACCAUUGCUGCACCUAUCACAGCCACCAUCGGUCCAGUGGCUGCGGCAGAUCAAUGCGACUAAUUGAACGCAAUGUGCGUCAUCUGCGCCGCCAGCAUGCUCUCGACGAGGACCUGCACAUGGAUAUGCGGCCGCGGGUGCGGGAGAGCGACUGCAGCUGCUGUAACAGAAAGAAGUUGUGCUCGAAUGUGGUGCAUGUCGCCAACAGUUCCACGGAAGAGUGGAUUGUGGAGAACGGCAGCAGCAGUAGCAGUCCGUAUGUGGAAGCGAAUCUUAUGAGAGUGCAAACUCUAUCUAUGAAAACUGCCUCAGCUGAAUUGACUUCAGCAAAGGCUAGAGAGGCGCUUUCACAGGCUGAAAGGAAGCUGCUUCCAACACCCAAAGCGCACAGAAAGGUGCUAGGCGUGUUCUCUAAAACUGAUCCAGCUAUACUGCCUUUUAUUUCAGAGGAACCAGUUAAUACAAAGAAAACAAAGAGAGCAACCGUUGAAGCAGAGAAAAAGAAAGCAAAGCCAACAAAUACAAAUGAAUCGAUUGUUGCCCACGAAGGACAAGAAAUUGUCAAUGCAACGCCAAAAUCUCUUCAAAAGCGAAAGCCAGGCUGGCAGCUGAAGUGUGUGAAGGAACCAGAAAAAGACACCCCACUUAAAUCGAUUAGUUACGUGGAGAAAGAGAAUUCCUCAAAUAUAGCAAAGGCGGGGGCGAACGAGGAAAGAAUUGUGAAAGCCAAGACCACAAGUUUGGCAGUCAAUCGAAAAACCUCUCAAGCGCUAACGGAGCUGCCAAGAAACAGAGACCAGGAGCCUCUGUCGCCGCCAAAAGUAACUGAAACGCCGACUAAAACUAAUAUUCAAAAUAGAAAAUCAGGCAAAAAAACGAACAGCAAUAUGAAAUCAACAGCAGAUAAAAAACUAAAGCCAAUUAAAACUGCGCCAUUAAAGCGAAAUGUGAAUAACUCUGCCAAGAAGAAAAAUCUUACUACAAGCAUUGACGAUUCGACAGAAAGCGAUGAAGUCGUUGUCGUCAGCGACGAUAACGAUUCCAGUUGGUUGCCAUCGAGACAAAGGACAAAGAAGACGCCCCAAGCGGUAUUGGUUGAGGAAGACAUAAAGCUAGCCCUAUUGCUCUCGAAGGAAACAUAUAUGUCGGAGUGUACGAAGCGCCAACAAAAAGAGGAAACGGCAAGCUCGCCACAACUGCCGGAGCCCACAACCUUUAACAAUCAGAGCGUGGCUUGCAACUCCACAGCUCUGGUAAAUAACACCGCCUGCGAUCGCGCUUUGGGCAGUAAGCGUAACAUGAAACGCUCCACCGAUGUCAGUUCUACGCUGAAGAAAUCAUCACCGCCCUCCACAGCCUCAUCGAAGAAGCAAAAGCAAGUCACUGAGGAGGCCGACUGCACGGUGGUUACAUCGACGACGUGUUGCGAGUCCUCAGGUGUGGUGCAGCCAACUGCUAAACACUCGCUUCAACUAACCGCCAAUGGCAUUUUGCUGUAUGCCCCGCCUGAACGGGGUCCAGCGUCCAGCUCCUCCAAAUUUGAGCUCACAGAGCAAUCGCUUGGCGGCAUCAUUGGGGAGCGUACAGCGCGCAAGUUCCUCAAAUAUCAUGUGGGCAGUCGCAGCUUUGAUAGCCGCCUCAGCGUCUACUAUCGUCCCUCGCCAAAGCUGAGGGCUGCUCUGACCGCGGGCGUCGAUUCCCUCGAUUUAUGCAGUUCCAGCUCCAGCGACAGCGACGAUGACAUUUUCGAAUAUGCCCAGCGGUAUGGAAAUAUACACACGGUCCUAGAGCAAGCAUCUAAAUAACACUAUCCAUUCAGUGGUGAUCUAAAAUAAUUACAAAUCAAAUAUAUUUGCAACUUGUUAACUGUAACUGUAAUAUUAUUGCAUUAAAAGUUUUUAAUUUACAACUAA